GUGCGCUUCCCGGCGCUCGCUUGUCCGGCGCGAAGGUUCGCAAAGACAAACAAGGCCAACGGACGCCUCCCGAUUCCUCCUCGAUUUUCGGGCCGAGGCGAGCGUCACCAACGGAUUCCGACGUGGUUGCGAGGGCUGCGGAUAGCUUGGUGGUCAGGGUAUAAGAAAUCAUGCCGAGGAAGAAGCGUUCCCGUGUCCCCUCGAGGGCAAAGCCAGCACUGCCUGAUGACUCCAGUGAGCCAGACAUGGAGGCAGAACAGCGCAAGGAGAAGCUGAAACUCCUGCUGGAGGACUUUGAUCUGGAGGUUGAAAGAAGGAAGGCAUUGAUGGAAGAAGAAAUCAAGAAUAUUCAGGAAUCUAUUCGGCAGAUCUACAGAAUUGACCUUCUUCGUUAUCCCGAAAAAACGAAGAAGAUGCUUUGGGUGGAUCACGUUAAACAGCAGAAUAAUAAAGAGGUAAAAUCCUCUGCAAGAGAUAGCUUAGUCAAUGUUAUCAGCUCAGCUGAUAGUAUCUUACAAUCUGCGGCCAAAAAGAAAACAGGGCGACCCCGGAAGGCUGUAGCCACUGUGGAAGACAAUGGGUUUUUGGCUCCUGUUACGAGAAGUACUCGAGCUAGUCGUCAAAAGCCAGUUUUUGGUAAUAGCCAGGUUGACAAUAUGCUUCCUCCACCUUCAACUGGCAGACGUCAGAGGACGAAAAAAGUGGAUGUUGCAGCUACUCCUGCCAACCAGAAUAUUCCCCCAAGCUUUAUGUCAUCCAUGCUGGUGACUCCAAAAUUUGAUCCACGAACUCCACUACCUCCAGGGACUAUAAAGAGAAAGCCAAAACUUGGAGAAAUUGCAAUUUCACUCACUGGGUCCCCCUUGCAAGUAUCACCGGCUGUUAAGCCAAACUAUGACAUAAAGUCCUUAAUGCAAAACUUGGACCAAGAUAAUCUGGAUGAAGAGACAAGAGCAGAACUUGAGGAGUUCCAUGCUAAAGUAGGGAAAUUGCUGAAUAUGUGAAAACACAAAUUUUUCCUAUUUUUUUCCCAAAGAGAUGAAGUGUCUUGUUAAGACACUGCUAAGUGUAGAUGUUUUGUGAACAAUGAUUCAGGCAUGCAUUUGAGAUUUAUGCUAUAGAAUCUUUAGCUUGAAAGAGCAGAAUCUAAGUUAAAUGUCUGUAGUUCCUGUGCAACAUCAUAUUCCCCAUGAAUAUGAUAUAUCUCAUAACAGUAACUAGAGCCUAAUGUAUUCAGAAAUGAUGUGCGAAUAUACAUGGACAAGGAAGGAGGUGCUACAAUUAUGUAUAUGUACUGUAAUACUGUAUUUUAGAUUAGAAUGUAUUCUCACAAACUAAUCUGACAGGCUAAAGUUAGGUAGUUUUUCAUUAUAUAAGCAUAGUCUCCCAUAGUACAGUUUAUGGUCCUGAUAUUGAUUUUUGUCCUUUGAGGUCUCUAUCAAGAUUAAUUCAACAGAAUUCUUGCAUGAUUGUCAACAUAUAUUUCUGUAGCUUGUGCCUUCAGAGGCCUCCACUAAGGAUAUUUUAAGAGAUCCAUAUUACUGUUCUGCUGCUAAAGUUGUGAUGUUUAAGUUUAACUGAUCAUGUCUCAAAAAAGAGAGAGAAAAAAAGAGAAAUAAUAAUUAGAUUUAUUUCAACGGCAAGUAAAUGGAUACUGUACAUAG